AUGUUAGAAAAUGAAUAAUUAAAUUAAGAAGACCCCAAAACUAAUCUUCUUAAUCUUGAUUCAGGGAUAGAAUUUAUAAGGCCAAUUAGACACAAAUCCUCUUAUUAUGAGCAGGAUUUUUUUGUAGAACCUUGGGAUGAAAAGUAGGACAAUUUUCUUCAAUUAUCUCCAAAAUAGAAGGAGGAAUAACCCCAAGAUAGAAAAACCAGAUCAAUAAAAAUUAAGCUUCCUUUAUCUCGAACAUAGAGUAGAUAGCGCUCGAAUGAAACUCAUUAAACAGUUCAAUUAACUCUUCCUUAUCACGAUAGAGCUGGAAGUUGUCAUACAUUAUUUUAAGACUAAGGAUUUAUUAACGAUAUAGCUGCCUACAAAAACAUAGUGGAUAGAGUGAAGAGCAUAUAAAUAAACAAAAAUCAAAUAAUUUAGAAUAAAAAAAAUAAUAAUAAGUAAAUUAGUUUAAAGUUCUCUGCAAACAAAAAGAAAAUCAAGCAGAUAGUUCAAGUCAAGUAAAAAGAACCAUUUUCCUGGUCAGAUUACUACAAAUUCAUUUAAAAAAAUCAUAAUCAAAUCAAGCCUAAUAAACAGCAAAAUCCUCAAAUUACUGGAUAUGCCAUUCAGAUUAAUAAGUCUCUAUAACAAAAAGUAGAUAAGGACUCAAUUGUAAGAAACUUUCGUUUGAAAUCAAAUUAUACUAAGACUAUUGCAUGA